CUGUAUUUGUUCGUAUUUGUCAAAACCUGAAACAAUAAUGAUCCGUCACAGUUUCCCAUUCACGUAUACAUAUUUACGGUCGAUUUACUAGCAACAUUUCAAGUUUUCUAACGUCCAACUCUGCAACUCUACAUACAGGCUGGCAAGAUCCACCCCCAUCUGGCCAAGAAUGUGAUGUACGUGCUAGAAAACAAACCUGACCUCUCGUUCCUCAGCAAGCUUCAAAUAAAUGCUCGUGAACUGGUGCAGUACCGUCGCCGCGGGCGUGUACUGGAGGUGCGUCUGCAGGACGUGAGCCUGGACCGAGUGUUCAACCACGCUUGGUCCAAUUACAAGAGUUAUGAAAUUUUGUCCAAAUUCGCUCAAGUCACGCACCUCACUAUCUUCGCCUUCGACUGCCAUCAAGAGAAGGACACAGAGGCCUACCUGUGUGUGCUGAGCCAGCUUCUGGAUACAGACGUUUCUCGGCUCAAGGAACAGUUUUUGCAACCUAUGAAGACCGAACACGAAACACCACCCAAGAACUCGUCCUGCCGCGUAAAACAUCAGCAAGUCCCUAUAAAAAUACCCGAGGAGGUCUCGGUGCAGCAGCCUUCAUUGAACGCAAUGGAUAUAAUGACAGAACUUGAACACGUCACGUCCUUCGAGGACCCGUCUUGCUUUAGAAAACACCAAAAAGGCAAGAAAAGAAGACCCAUGAAGAUCUCGGCGCACCGUCCUCCCUUGGACGCAAUGGACUUAAAAAUGCAACCUGGGCACGCCACACCUUUCGAAGGCGUGCCUUGUCUGAGAAAACAUCAAAAGGCAAGAGAAGAAAACCUAAGAAGGUCUCGACGCAUCAGCCUCCUCUUGAGGCAGUGGAGUCAAUGA